AUUCAGUGUGAUUGAUUAUAGACUGACUAAGUUUACAUUACAACAUUACAAGCUGAGACGUCUGGUAAAACGUUCACCACCUACUGUUCUAGUUCACUUCUAAAAUUCGUGCACUAUCGUGUCACGAUUUUUCAAUCAAUAUUAGCAGUCUAGUAGUAGUGAUGCUUGUUUGUCUAAGAUCUUUUAAUUUAAAAAAAGGCAUUGACAGUGACAACAAAUAAAUGACAGUGACUGCUUUGUUUUGUAAAACGUUUGCGGCUUUUUCGGCUCUGUCUGUGUGAUUUUAUCGUAAACAAUUAGAAUUGUUUCAUUUGUGAAUGUCCAAAUCCAGUCGAUUUGAUUGUUGCAUAAAUGAAGAUGAAUGCAACAAGUUUAUAUGUUUCUACAUGCCGCCUAAUAAUACUGGCGGACGCAGCAGACAAGUCUUCUUGGACGGAUCUCUUUCGUUUGGUUCCUUAUUUACGCCAAUCUUUAUCCUGCACUGUUUGUGGGAAUCUACUGAAGGAGCCCUACACGCCAACGAGCUCUGGUUGCCAGCACCACGUUUGUAAAAAGUGCAAAGGUGGAAGAAAGAAACUCAAACCAUCGUGCAGUUGGUGCAAAGAUUAUGACAAUUACGCUGAAAAUUUGCAAUUACGUAUAUUAUUACAGUGUUAUAAGAAGUUGUGUGAAUAUUUUAUGGGUACAGAUGUGUACAAAACAUUAUUAGAAGAAGAUGAAAUAGCUGCCGGUGUGAACGGAGGUACAGUCGCGAGUUCUGGCUUGAUAGAUCUCAUACAAGAAGGUGCAGGAUUUAGUGAUGACUAUAAAAGUACGGCAGGGCUCUCCAAGUCCGCCUAUAGCAUUCUGCCAUGUGUAUACACUAACUCAGCAUCCACACAGACACAAGCAGCAUCAUCGUCAAGUAAUACGGAAACUAGAUCAUCUAGUAAAGGGUCUCCAAACUCUAGAGCAAUCUCUAAUGGAUCACCUAUGUAUUCUGUUAUGUAUGCAGGUUCAGGUAACAAGAUCACAAUAAAAAGGAAAGCAGUUGAGGAAACAGAACAAAGUGAUCCACCACCAAGAGAGAGCAAGUCAAAUCAGCUAGGCUUCAAGAAGCCAUCAAACAGGUCCAGGAGUUCCGCCAGCAGUAAACGCAAAGGUUGCAGAUGUGGCAAUGCAACCGCCACUCCGGGCAAGCUGACAUGUUGUGGGCAGAGGUGCCCCUGCUAUGUGGAGAGCAAACCCUGCACAGAAUGCAAGUGCAAAGGCUGCCGGAAUCCACACAGGCCAGAUGGAAUGAAGGUACUAUUACCUGUGCGGCCCCACAUCCUUCAGCUAGAUAAUUUGCAAUUAACAUUGAACAAUCCUGAUAGCUCACCGUCCUGCUCAGGCUCUAUGGACAGUUUAGAUACUGACACAUUGACAAUGGAGGCUAUGGAGGAAUCUCUCAAUUUUAGUGAUCUCAAAUCAUCUAAUAUAAAAGUGUAUUCAAGUCAAUUACAAGAGAUAUCAGCGUCAUUGCCGGCCACAAUCAUGAUGGACGAGGAGGGCUCCGCGGAGGAGGAGGCCAGCUCCCCCACGGAGUACGCGCAGUCGCCGCGCGAGACAGAGAUGGAGUACGGGCAGUCGCCGCGCGAGACAGAGACGGCGUCCCCGCAGUCGGGCGGGCCGCCGGACACCAGCGACAUCGAGGUGGACGUAUGACAGCCGCUCUCCGUUGCGAGCGACUAGGACCGAGCCAGUGUCAUUUUCUUGACCUCGAUUUUAGGAAAUGCACUGAAGUCCGCGACGGAGAUCCUCGCAAUCGUCUUGCUAGUCACAUGCGUGUUGAACUAUUAUUCUCUGUGAAGUAGGGUAAGUGUCUUUUUAGGCAUAGUGCCGGCGAAAUUUUGUAAUGCUGAAGUUGCAACUCUAAAUUAGUUUAAACACCGUCGUCAAUGCAGGACUAUAUGAAUUGUGAAUUUCUAUGAGUGUAUUACUUAAUAAAUGAACUGUAAAAGUAUCAUAUAACUUUGGAUGGACAUGAUUUUGAUGACAUUUUUAUUUAUAUAUUAAUUAAUAUUUUUCAAAGUAAUUUUCUUCACUUAGUAUGUACACAUAUUUUGAAAUAGUUUAAUAUAUUACAUUUCAUAAUGCAAUAGAAUAUUUGAAAAUUGAUUAUUGAAUGUAUAGGACCCAUAUUAAUAAUUUAAUUAAAUAAUUCUAAGCAUUCCUUUAUCCAACUAGUAUUAUAGACAUUAAAAAAUCUCAACCUAUCACAUCACUGAAAGAGAUCCCUACAUGGACACAUACAUAAGACCACUAAUGCACAUAACUUGGCCUUGUUCCUACAAUAAAGUUAUAAAAUACAUACAACAAAAAUAUGAGAAUUGAGUGUUACCAUUUCACACAAAAAUACUGUAAGGAUUUUGAUGACUUUUGGUGUAAGGUUGUUUUUGAUGUUAGGUGAUUUAAAUCUGGAAUAAUCCAUAGGGUCUUAUGACCUGAGCCCAGUGGCGUAACUGAGAAUUAAAAAAAAACAUAAAUUUCAAUCUACUGUUAGAUACAAUUAGUAAUGUGUUACAGCAAGGUGGUCAAAUUUCAAAAUAACUAAUUUUAUUUUCCAGUUUGAACUGAUAAUAUUAUUUAACUGGAAUGUAUCUACUUUUUAUUUCUUCACGUGGUGUACCAGUAGGGAAAAAUGAAAAAAAUUAUAAUUAAAUAAGUUAUUACUAAAAUAUGCACUACGAAAAUGACUAUUUGUGUUGUAACGUUUUCGUUGAAAAAAUGAGCUGUUCAGACUACUAUUGCAACUUCAAUGGCUAUUUUUACGAUGAUGUAUUCGUAGCUUUUUCAUUGUAGCCUGUAUGUAUGUAUAGUGAGGAAAAUAUUGUACCAAAUACUUACUACUUUUGUAUGCGGAUUGUAGCUGCUAUGCAGCUCGGUAUGAUAGUUACAGAACUUUUACAUUUCAUGUAAGUAAAUUUAAUAUUUCAUUGUUUUAUACAGUAUUUGUAAAGCUAUUUUUAUCAACUCUUAUAAUCCAAAAGUACUUAUGUAACGAAUAGACAUUUCUCUACUAUCUACCUACCCCUUUUUUUGAUGUCUUGUUAUUGGUCUACUUAUGUAAUAUUAUUGACAUUUUGAUUUGAUGGAUUUAGAAAGUGACUAUUAAUCCGAUAUAGUUUAUUAGUUUUACAAAUCUACAAAGUAAAGUAAUUUCAAAGCACAAUAUUUUUAAAUAAUUAUCAAUUCUUUUGUAAAUACUGUCUGAGAGUAGGAAAAGAUGUUGGUGUAAUUAUAUUGUUUUAAAGAUUUGAACCUUAAUUCCAUACCUUAACGAAAUAUUUGAAUAUUGAUGUUUGAACUCUAUCUCAAAACGAGGUCAUAACUACUUUACUUUAACCUGUUCAUAAUUCUAAAUAAAAAAAAUCUGUGAUCAUUAGUUUAUGUCACAUGGUUUAGCAAUCACCGUGUUGUAUCGAGAAAGAAUAUUAAAUAUGCUGACUGCCAGCACUUCAGUACAAAUAAACUUAACAUUAAGUUCGCUUUAACAUUCGUAAAUUUAUUGGACUAGAUCAAUGGAAUAAAAUCAAAAUAUUUUAUGUUAAAAAAA